UGGAGUUGUGUUGGUGUACUGUGUUCGGAGGAGGUAAUCACGUAGCGCAAGGUGUAGUUUCGUUUGGCAAAAUUUCCAUCUUUUCGACAAUUGCGUGCCGCCAAGAUUGGUCUCGCUUGCAACAAUACAAUUCUUACCAAACAGAUUAAGUGUACAAAGUGAAACAAACUGCGAUUGAAAGUAAUUGACACGGGAACGCACCCUUAAAACCACCAUCCAUUGAGUCAGCAGUGUCAGCAUAGCAGAGAAAUGGCUGGAACAAUUUCGGACAUAAAAAAGCUAGACUACGAUAUUUACAAAUACUCGAGCUAUUCGUCGUCGUAUUUGCCGGAAAACAUUCGAGAGGACAACCCAUCGAACCAAACGUCACGCUGGUCAUCGAACACCAACACACCGCCCCAAUAUUUGGUCUUGAAGCUGGAACGGCCAGCGAUCGUGACGAAGAUUAAGUUUGGAAAGUACGAGAAAACGCAUGUCUGCAAUCUGCGCAAAUUCAAAAUCCUUGGUGGACUGGAAGAGGAGCGAAUGGUGUUGCUAUUCGAAGGCGGUUUAAGGAACGAUUCAGUGCCGGAAACGUUCAACUUAAAGCAUCGCACAAAUUCCGGCGAGCUGUUGCCGAUCAAGUUCAUUCAGAUCGUUCCGCUACUGUCAUGGGGUCCAAGCUUCAACUUUUGCAUCUGGUACGUCGAGCUGCUGGGCAUCGAGGAUUCUAUGUUCAUUUUGUCAAACUUGCGAAAGUACAACAUGCUGCGAGAGGUGGAGAUCGUUCGACUCUUUUUGAAGCACUGUCGGCAGCAGGGAUAUGUAAACUCGUUCAGCGCAUUGCAAGAGGAGACGGGCGUUAAGCUGGAGGACGAAAAGAUGACGGAGCUGCACGAAACGCUUGUAAAUAGAGGGGAUUUUAAGAAGACUGAAGAGAUGCUGGUUGGUUUUAUUGAAAACGGCCUAAUGGAUAACUACCUCGAGAGACAGGAGUACAAGCCCCAGUGGAGUUUGCAGCUGACGCCGGAGAACGAACCCCGGCCAGGGCGUCGGGGUGGCCAUCAGUUGAUCAUCGAUCCAAUGACUAGCACAAUAUAUCUAUACGGUGGAUGGGAUGGGAACGAGGAUCUGAGCGAUCUCUGGUCGUACGAUGUGAAGAAUAACCGGUGGACGCUGAUCCACGAGCGCUCCGAGCUAUUGGACGGACCGACGCCCCGAGCGUGUCACAAGAUGGUGUACGAUACACGGAAUUCGCAAAUUUUCAUGCUCGGCCGCUACCUGGACAGUGCAUCACGUACGGAAGAGAACAUUAACAGCGAUUUUUACCUGUACAAUACCAUCACCAAAACGUGGUUCCUGAUCUGUAACGACACCAGCCAGGUCGGCGGCCCGCAGCUUGUGUUCGAUCAUCAGAUGUGCAUCGAUGUGGACAAGCAGACGAUCUACGUAUUUGGGGGCCGCAUCCUCGAGCCGAAUUACAGAGUUUCUUUGUCGUUUAGAAACGAGGAGGAAACGACUGGUCAGUAUCGGUAUUCGGGGCUGUUUUCUUACCACAUUAGUACCAACACCUGGGCGCACAUACUCGUCGACUGUGAGCACCCGACCGCUUCCAGCCCCUACGUCCAGAGCAUUCGGUCUAGAGUAACUCAUUCAAUGCUGUUCCAUCAUAAACAUCGUAAGCUGUACAUCUUCGGUGGUCAGCGAGGCAAGGACUACAUGACGGACUUUCUGAUCUACGACGUGAACACGAACGAGCUCUCGAACAUGACCCCUGAGAACAAUAAUACCGACACGAAAAAUGUUCCCCAAUCGGGAUUCACGCAACGAGCAACGAUUGAUUGUGAAAAGGACGAGAUAUACGUUUUAACGAGUCUAAGCAAAGAGAAGGAGCGGCGUGAUUUGAACAUCAAUUCCUUCUGGUUAUUCUCGCUGUCGAAGAAAGAAUGGUGCUGCGUGUAUAAGAGUGAGCAUUCGAAUGGGGAAAAUUGUUACCAGAAGAGUCAAACCUCCUGCCAUGAGCCAUGCCCACGGUAUGCGCACCAGAUCGUGUACGACACCUCCAACCAAGUGCAUUUCCUGUUCGGUGGUAAUCCUGGAACUAACUCGAACGUUCGGUUGGACGAUUUUUGGGUGCUACGGCUCGAGAAACCGAACCGGGGCAACAUACUGCGCUACUGUAAAUACCUGCUAAGGAAGCAAGAGUACGAAGAGAUCACUAAAAACGACCCCCUGUCGGCAAUACUGUACCUGCAAACGAAGCUGUACGACAUCAUCGAUCACAGUGAUCCCGUUCAGUUGAAAGAAUUUCACAAGCUGGCCUCGUUGUUGUUCAAGUCCGAUACGGUGGACGGCGAAACCGAACCGACGAGCCUGCUGACCUGUCCGCUCGCUUCAACCGCUUCCGCAAGUGCUCCCGUUGGCGGUAACAAGCAUAAACAACAACGGGCCGAUGAUGACGGUCACAAGGAGGAGGAAAACCUGGCCAAAGUGAUGCGCGUUGAAUCACCGAAAAGUGUCGAUGAAGCCGACACAUCCAGCAUUAGCUCGAUGAGCAGUAGCGAUUGCUCGCAAAAUCAACCCCAGCAAGGUGCUGCAGCACAACAGCCGCCCGAGAAGCUAGAGGGAAAUAGUUCGGCCGCGAACUCAACCGUUCCCCAAAAGCCGAAUGCCGCAAAGGAUGCCGACGGUGGGCGGGCUGCGAUAGAAGCCAAUGCACCCACACCCUCGACAUCCCGUUCGAGCGGUGGAAUGGCGCGCAAUCGAGCUAUCGAUCAACAGUUCGAGAUGAAGAUACGCCGAUGUUUGUUGUUUAACAAGCUAGUUGACCUGAUGCCAGAGGCACUGUGCCAGCCGAAGAAAAACAUUAGCGAUUUUGUGCUACUGUAGUAAAACACCCUGCAGUAUUUUAGCAUCGGAUGGCCGCGCAUGUUUUCUAUUGAGCAGGAUGCGCAGGUAACUUAGUAAGCGAAGAUGAUGAUGGCGGCUGCAGAAAAAACACACACACACACACACACACAACACGGAGCAGAUUUUAUGAUAUUUCGGGAGGACACUGCCAGUAUGUCUGCGUGCUCCAUUCUUCCCUUUUGAAACGUUCUAUUGUCGAUCAUAAUGUGAUACAAUUGCAGUCCUGCGGGUAAAUG